AUGAGUGUCGAUACUACAAAAAGAGGCCAUGUUCUUGGUAAGGCCAUGGACGGGGUUGUUUUGAAACCAGAAAGAGAAUUGAAUCCCACUUACUGUGCUGCUGUCAGACUAAUGCUGCACAUGGCUAUGUACCUGGGGCCAGUUGAGCAGAUUCAAGCAAUAAUAAAGCCGCAAAUUGCCACUACCGAAGUGUCAGACUUUAUUAUGAAUCACAUCAAAGCGAAUGUCAGCGAUCUUAAGCGAGCACUUGGACGAAGUGUUGAUGAUGUCAUUUUGCUGAUGCAUGUUGUGAUUGACAAAAUAGAAAAAGAAGGUGAAGCAUUUCCAGCGGAAGUACAUCUACUUUCCUCAAAAGAAGAUAGAAAAGCCUGGGAAAAUAGCUUUGCCACGAUCGUGUUGCGCGGAAUUUUGAGUCAAGCUGAAAAUUGGCUGAUGCGUUUCAACCACGAAAUCGUAAAUGAUCAACGUUUAGGGGCUGAUCCACUUUUGUGCUUGAUAUAUGAGACAGAAAAUAGGCAAGAUGCACAAGAUCUCGAGCAACUUUUGGAAGUACCUCGGAUGUGGAGGUUUCGUGUUCCAAUAACGAUUGAGCAUAUGUCUCAGGAACUGGACUCGAAAAUGCGCGAAUUAAAACGACCUCCACGUAUUCUUCAUCGUUUCUUGAACGAGGAUUACAUUCUGCAAGCUCUGAGAUACCUGCCAAGUAUUAUGCAACUGCAACGUGCACUGUUACGGAGAUUCCAACGAAAACUUGAUAAAGCAGAAGCAAAAAGAAUAACAGUUAAAGACUUCAAAACAGAGUUGUCCGAAUGUCACGGUGUUGAAAAAUGGAUUGAUGCCUUUUCAAUGGCAUGGGAUGCAACAAGAACAUUUUUGCAACACGGAUGUCUCACUAAAUCUGGACGUUAUACACUCCCUGAAGAAUUGUGUAACGAACAGAUCAACGACGACACAUCUCUUGCAAUAUUCCUGCCAACAACAGACGGUCCUGGUUUGUGUUCAUACGCAAUGCUAGAUUACCUCUUUCGGAAACAGAAUGAAAUGCUAGAAUAUUAUGGUCAGAAAUCGGACAGGUUAAACAUCCCUUCUGUUAAACCUAUGAAUGUGAACGCGGCUCAUCUUAUUUGCUACGAUCAUGAACACGACAUUAUGCCAAUCCUGCUAGCAAACUGUCAGUAUUCCUUUGAGAUUGGUGUCGGAACCACGGUAGAGUAUGACUUCGCAGGAAUGGAGAGACAACUCAUCGACAGACUUCUCUACUCAAAGUCCAAUAUAGAAUUACGACCUUUUCUAGAGGUAAAACAACUAAAAUACAUGCGUUAUUUAAUGUAA